AUGGCAAAGCGCGAUGCCGCGGGUGCGCCCAAGUCUUGGUCCAGCAAGCUGGACAAGCUGUCUUUCAUGCGCCGGGCCUCUCACAAGACAAAGCUGGUCGACGAGGCGAAGGAACGCGCUUUUAAAAAUGAAGAGGACCACUGGACAGUGCAGCCCAGCCAUGGGACAGGUGGCUGCAUUGUUAUUGUUGAGGGCGACCCGCCCCACAGUGCCCCCACAAGCAGGAUGUCAUUCCAGAACUUCAACCCUGCGACCGAGAAGCUACAGAGGGAGCUCGAAGGCCAGAACCAGAAACUCCAAUACAUUAGGGAGCUGGGAGAGCAGUGUAGGAGAGACAAAAUCAGUGGGGCGGAGAUUUCGGCGGAGGAGAUGGCCAAGCGGUUGAAGACUGUGGACUUGGUCCUGCAACCUGAGGAUCGGGCCUGGGAGGCUUUCAGGUUCUGGGAGGCAGCCAGGGACAUCUACCCGGCAAGGCGUCCCUGA